AGACCCAGCAUCUGGGUAAGGUUGGUUGGGUGUGUCUUAAUUAUGACUGACCAGAACAGCAGGUGGACCAGCAUCAGGCAGAUAUUGUGCUGUAUUACUGAUAAAGAUGCUGCCACAGAUUCCCAAGAGGAGCAGCAGCAAUCUUCUAAUGCCUCUGAUUACAGUGAUCUAGAAAUUAUCCCUGAUCUGCCAGCCCGAACCUCUCUAUCCCAAGACGUGUCUGAGAUCAUGAACUUGCCUAGGUGGGAAGACAGAGAAGAGAUGUACAAAAGGCGUAUCCAUGACCUGGAGCAAGAACUAACCGAGGUGUUAAAGAACCAGAAGGCGUUCUCUCAUCAUCUGUGUGAAAUGGGCUGUCUAGCAUUCUCUGAGAUGGAUCCAUGUGACUCGAUCUCCCCCAGUUUUGUGGAGAAGCUGAAGGUCUAUCUGGAGCGCCUGCAGUUAGAGAGGCAGCAGCUAGAGAAGAGAGCCCUGUGGGCAGAGCAGACCGUGUGGGAAAUAGAGAACGAAGUGUCUGAUCUGGAGAAACUCUUGAAUAGUUGUGGCUAUCGUGGCACACGCCACAUGGAGCGUUGGGUCACACCUGAUGGUCUUCCUCUUUCACCUCCCUUACCCUCACAACCCUUCAGAUUCUUCUACUCUAAGAUACACAGGAAGUCACCUGAGAAUAAGGCGGCAGCACAAAGUCCAGGAAAACUGGUUGAAGAGUCCUUGAGUGAAGUUGCCCCCCCAAAGCGGAGUCCUGUGAAAGAAGAGCCAGCUAUGAGGCCCUGGAGAUCUCCAUCCAAACAAGGAUCUACAGAAACAAAAAGCUGUACAUCCCUGGUGAAGAGGGAUAUUUUCCCUGAGCACGGGCUGCCCCAAACCAUCCCCCACUUCAAAGCAGGUUCCUGUUGGCCUCCACCUGAGCAUCCCCAACGCUCUUCUGCUAGGGUCUCUGUGGGCUACUGUGAUACUUAUGUUGCACAAGUCCAUGGACACUGGGAUCCCCUUCCAGAGAGCAGGGAGCAAGAAGGUCUCACUGAGUGUGCAGAGUAUGAUACUCCGAGUACAGCCAGUACUGUGGUAAUGGCCACCCCAUCUGUUGGUAGCAGUCUGGGUACCAAAAUCUCCCCUAUUUCUUCAGUCAGUCUGGAUAUCAGUCCAACCCUGAAGAAAUCUAAAAUGGAGAACUGUAACGUAUGGUCAGAGAAGCAACAUCUAGCAACCAUAGAAGGUAAUUGUGAAAUCAAAAGACAGGGAGAAGGUUCAGCGAUCAAGCAAGAAGAAUGUGACCCCAUGGGAAGCAUCUCUCGGAAGCCUGUGGCCUUGGCUAGCCAGAUCUCAGAGAAUCUCAGUGAUGCUCAGACUGUCCCUCAAAAGCUAGACAGCCGUGAAGCCAAGACCUCUCAAGAUCUAUCUGGUCAUGCCACUUUACAAACAGAGGUCAGUUUUCCUGGAAAAGACUCUUCCAAGUCUUUCCAGACUACUGAUAGCAGCAAUCAGACAGUUGAUCUGGAGCCAGAACAAGCUUCUUGCAGCCUGGACCUCCUUCAAAAGCCAGGAAAAGAGCUGUCUUCUCUAGAACUUAGUCUCAAGGCUGACUUGCCAUCCAGUUCCAUUGAAACUCUAGAAACCAACAAACCCCUUGGGGAGGAGAAGAGAAUGCCAGAAGAUGCACCUGGACUUAAUAAUAAAAGCGAUCAACCAACUCCCACGGCAGAGAACACCACUGUAGCUUCUCCUUCACAGCUGAAACCUAAGGAACUGUUGCCGUCUGAUCUCUGUGAACAUUUGACAAGCGCCUCCAUAGAAUCCCCUCAACCAACCUCUUUGAUAGAAGAAAGUCCUUCAAGCUUAGCUGUGGAAACGGCUGUUGAAGAAAACUAGCCCCACAGUUGUUUCUCCAGCCUGGCUGAGGGACUGAGUUGUCACAUGAGGGUAGCCAUGCAAUCCCAUUGGUUGCAGCUGCUCAGUAGUGACUUUUAGAUGCUUUUGGAUAUGAAGUCAAGGUAUGUCAAUGUUUACGAGGUUUUUUUUAAAAGACUUGUGCUUAGUUAUGUCUGACUGUAUAUCCCAAGAGAGGGUAAUAUGGUGGUAGAAAAACUUAAUUCCAGUUACUGACGACUUUUUGAAUACAAAUGAACUAGCAAUGUAGGUGUGGGUGUUAGGGGUGUUGUGGUGGUAUUAACGUCCAACCCUCUUCUUGGAUGACAGAGCCUGCAUAGAAUGAUCUCUCUGGCUCAAAGAGGAAUGAAAAUAAACAUGACUCCUUUUUAUCUAGAAAUUAAAAAUUUGUAAAAUGUCAAUAAAUAGUAUUUUUAAUUACACAAAAAAA